CUUCUUCAGCCUGCUUGGCCCACACGGACGCACCUCCCAUUGCUUUGACCGCCGCCAUCUUGACUGCGGAAGAGUCGGGUUCUGGGGUUGCUGGAGCCGGCCCUGGUGAUUGGACUGCUUUGUAAAAGAAAAGACUGCGUCUGUUUUCUCCACUAGAAAUGGCCAAUGUGCUCUAUAACAGGGCCAGACUGGUUUCUUACCUCCCAGGAUUUUACGCUUUAGUUAAAAGAGUUGUCAAUCCAAAAGCCUUUUCAACAGCAGGAUCUUCAGGUUCUGAUGGAUCUCAUGUGGCCACUGCACCCCCAGAUAUAUGCUCUCGAACAGUGUGGCCUGAUGAAACUAUGGGACCUUUUGGACCUCAGGAUCAGCGUUUCCAACUUCCUGGAAACAUAGGCUUUGAUUGUCACCUUAAUGGGACUGUUGCACAGAAGAAAAGCCAGGUUCAUAAAACUUUACCUGAUGUAUUAGCAGAACCUUUAUCAACUGAAAGACAUGAGUUUGUGAUGGCGCAAUAUGUAAAUGAAUUUCAGAGUAAUGAUGCACCUGUAGAACAAGAAAUUAACAGUGCAGAAACUUACUUUGAAAGUGCCAGAAUUGAGUGUGCAAUCCAAACAUGUCCAGAAUUGCUGCGAAGAGACUUUGAAUCAUUAUUUCCAGAAGUGCCUAAUAGCAAACUAAUGAUUCUGACUGUGACACAGAAAACUAAGAAUGAUAUGACUGUUUGGAGUGAAGAGGUAGAACUUGAAAGAGAAGUGCUCUUAGAAAAGUUCAUUAACGGUGCUAAGGAAAUUUGCUGUGCUCUUCGAGCAGAAGGCUACUGGGCUGACUUUAUUGACCCAUCAUCUGGUGUAGCAUUUUUUGGACCAUAUACAAACAACACUCUUUUUGAAACAGAUGAACGCUACCGACAUUUAGGAUUCUCUGUUGAUGAUCUUGGCUGCUGUAAAGUAAUCCGCCAUAAUCUCUGGGGUACCCACGUGGUUGUAGGAAGUAUCUUCACUAAUGCAACACCAGACAGCCAUAUUAUGAAGAAAUUAAGUGGAAACUAGCAGUAAUGUCAUUUUAUUUGCUCUACCAAUGGAUAGAUCAAUAUAAACAUUGUCAAAGGCUUCACUUUUUAAAAUAUACUUAUUUUGGGUAUUUAUUUCAGCAUAUAUAGAUUUACAGCUGAGUGAUUGGGAUUUUAAAAUAAAAAAUGUUAAUUAUUCAUAUUGUUAUUGAAUACAUGUUAAGCAAUACUACAUUGUACAGAAUGUGGUAAUUAACAUAUAACCAGGGUAUGAUUUAUUUUAUGAAUUCUCCCCUUUAUUAGAAAAACCUUAGUUUUAAUUUUUUCAAAAAAUAAAUCAUACAUUUGGUUAUAAUAUAUGGCUUUUUCAUUACAAUUUUUUUAAACUAUAAUUCUUAAAGAUUCUAAAGAAGCUACAUUUUUUUUUUUAGUAAUGCAGUUAAUUCUAGACUUUCCUUUUUCUAGUAUUCUUUUUCUUUGCUCUCUAUUAUGUGUCCUGGUACCAGUUUUGAUUAUUACUUUGAAAUAAUAGAUGAGCAGCUAAAAAAAGAAUAAAGAUAAUAAAUAACAUCUUUAUGUAUACAAGCAUAUGAAUCUCGUUCUCUCUCUUUUCGGGGGGGGGGGUUACUCUUUUUUGGGGAGUCGGUAUUGAGUCCAUAGAGAACUGAGCUACAUCCCCAGCAAUUUUUAUUUUUAGACAAAGUUGCACUAAGUUACCCACAUUAGCCUCAAAUUUGCAGUUCUCCUGCCUCAGCCUCCUGAGUUGCUGGUAUUACGUAUGUGUGGCACCAUGUGUGAUAUGAAUCUCAUUCUUAAUGCACUGAAUAAUUAUUACUCCUAAGUUGAGACAGAUAAAUAUAACGUAUUUUCAGAUAAAACUGUGCCUCGGCUGCCAAAUCAUUUGCAUGAUUACAUUAUAAAAGUGACUUUUAUGACAGCUUCAUUUUUUAGCAUUAUGAACUUUAAAAAGGAUUAUCUGUCAUUUGUGAGGCUUUUGCUAAUGGAAAAAAAAAUCUCAGAAAAAACAACUUAUGCCAACUGCAUUAAUUGAAAUGAACUUUUUCCUUCGGUAAAAAUGCCUAUUUUUUUUAAAAAAAAGGUUACAUAGAAAUGAUUAACUUUUUAUUCACAGCUCUCCUAUAAUUUCCUGAAAAUGUUGCUUGUGAUCUAAACAGUACAUGCUGCAGUUUUUAUUCAUUAUGAAAAAGAUGUAAUGAUUUCUGUAGCAUUUUGAAAUAAAAUUAUUAAAAUGUGUAUAUAUA